GGUGCGGAUGCCGUCUGGUCGAACCGCCUGCCCUCACAUCACCGAUAACAAGGACGGAACCGUCACCGUGAAAUACUCGCCAACUGAACGAGGUCUGCACGAGAUGGACAUUAAAUACGACAGAAACCACAUCCCCGGAAGUCCUCUUCAGUUCUACGUUGAUGCCAUCAACAGCGGUCAUGUGACAGCGUACGGCCCGGGUCUGAGCCAUGGCACCGUGAACCGACCGUCCACGUUCACGAUCGUCACUAAAGACGCCGGCGAAGGGGGUCUCUCUCUGGCUGUGGAGGGUCCGUCUAAAGCUGAGAUCAGCUGUAAAGACAACAAAGACGGGACGUGCACCGUGUCCUACCUGCCGACUGCACCUGGAGACUACAACAUCAUCGUCAAGUUUGACGACAAACACAUCCCCGGCAGUCCCUUCACCGCCAAGAUCACCGGCGACGACUCUAUGAGGACUUCUCAACUCAACGUUGGCACGGCAACAGACGUUUCAUUGAAGAUCACGGAGACGGACCUGAGCAGUCUGACGGCGACCAUCGGAGCACCUUCUGGAAACGAGGAGCCGUGUUUGCUGAAGCGGCUUCCGAACAGACACAUCGGUCAGUCGUCCUGCUCACGCUCCAGGAUUCCAAAGACUGAGACUACGAC